AUGAGUGAGAAGGAAUGCUUAAAAGCCCAGCAAAGUCCUGCAUACACCAUCAUUAACCAAUCUACAACGCUCGUGAUGUGGCAUCUGAUUCUUCUUGUGAUCGCUGUAGCCGUUUGCGAGGCUAGAGUUCCAGCUCUCCCACCAUCACCAACUGCAUCACCAACAACAGUCGCGGCAAUGACCAGUGAUGAUCCACAUGUGAUAACAGGUGCGUUCCGUUCACUGCUCAAGGGUGCAGAAGUGGCGCUCAUUACCGGAGAGUUGAUCACAGUUGCUCGUUGA